AUGAAAGCUCCGAGACGGCUCAAGAAAAAUAAGCUUUGCGCCCACGAUCAAACGAGAAUAUUCGUGACUUCUAACAGUUGUUUUGUUACUUACUUUAAAGGAAUUAAAGGAAACUUUAAUGGCUUCUCUUAUGAAAUUGAAUUGAAUUUUCUCUUUUAUGGUGUUAAAAACAAGCAGCAAGCUUUGUGA